ACUCGGAGCUGCCGAGAGGGGCCGGGGGUUGAUGCUCUGCGCUUGUGCCAGCCCGGGAUUCAGGGGUGUCUCUGAGGUUUUGGGUUGUCUCUGAGGUUUUGGGUUUGUCCCUCCACCUUGGAAUGCGAUGGGGUCCUGCCACCAGCCCCUGGCACAGCCGUACCCUCUCCGCGUUGGUUCUCUCCGGCCUCUGCCUCCAUCCAACCCCUUUUCCCACCCCCACUGCUGGGUUUGGGGUUAAUUUUUUGUAAGUUGGUUUUGGGUUGUUUUUUUUAACAGCCUUUCUCCUCGGUGACCUCAUGUCUGGCAGGUCCCAAGGGAUCCGGGGUGGGAUGUGAGGCAGCAGAAGGACCCCGGGGCAGAGGGUUUGGGGGGGACACCAAGUAGAUGGCCAGGGGACAAAUCCAGCCUGAGAUUCCCCAGGGAAAGGGAAUAACCAGGACAGAGCCAUCCCUGGGGGACAUUGGAGGUGUGAACAGGUCUGGAGUGCUGGGGGGACACCGUGUUCCAUGGGGUGACAGCCCAGAUUCUGCUCCUUCCCCCCAGAACAGAGCCAUCCCUGGGGGACACUGGAGGUGUGAACAGUCUGGAGUGGUGGGGGGACACCUUGUCCAUGGGGUGACAGCCCAGAUUCUGCUCCCUCCUUCCAAGACAGAACCAUCCCUACGGGAUGUUAAAGUUGUGAACAAGCUGGAGGGACGUUGUGUCCCUGCCCUGCCCCACAGGGUGACAGCCCAGAGUCCUCUCCCUGCAGGACCAUGGUGGGGACAGGACCUUUGGAUCCCUUGGUGGUGGUGGGACCUGCAGCUCCUUCCCCUGCUCCAGUGCUGGGAUGUCCCUGAGCACAGGGAGCAUCCCGGGCCCCCCGGCCUCAGUUUCCCCUUGUGCCCCCCGAGCUCCCCGAGCUCUGGGUGGUGGUUCCUGGGCACCUCUCCUGCCUCCCCUGGGUGUUCCAGAGAGCUCCCAGUGUGGGCCCGUUGCCCUUAAAAAGGCAGCAGGAGUUUGGGAGCUGCUGGUUGGCCUCUGCCAGGGCCACGGGCCUGGCGGCUCCACUCCCACUGCCAAGGGCUGGGGGUGGCUGCGGCCCCCCCGGGCUGUGUCCAGGCAGGGGGGCCAGGGGCCAACACCCACAGAGCCCCAUGGAGCUCCAGGCUCAUCCCACCUCCCAGAUCCUCCCGGGGGCACCCACAGUGUGGGGCUGGGAUUUGGACUCACAACAACUGGCCUGGCUCAGGCUGAGGAUUUGGGGAACUGAGGGGCUUUGGGACACCAAAAGCCCAAAAAUGGGGGUGGAGAGAGAGAAAAGCACGAGGAGAGGCAUCUCCAAACACAGAAUUCCGGGGAGCUGAGAGAAUCCCGGGGAGCUGAGGCCGGGAGGAGGCGAUGCACUGACCCAGGGCCUUUCCAGCAGUGCCAAAUUCCCAUCCCCGCUCGGGGUGUCCCCACGGUGGAGCCCCCACACCCACCUCCCCCCGGGUGGGGUUUCUCCAUGCUCUCCCCAGGAACUGGAGUUACUUCCACCUCCCUUUUCCGAGCCUGUCACUUAUAAGGACUUGUGUCUCACUUGUUUAUCAGAGCGGAGCAUAAAAGGAACAGACUCACAACUGGGCCGUUGCCUCCCAAAGCAUCCCCACAUACAUUUUUCCUACAAUAAUUAAACUGCUGGGUCCUACCACCAGCCCGAGGUCAAUUUAAUGAAAUAAAACACCUUAUAUGGCCAUAUGGCCAACACACCAUCACUGAGCCUAUUUAGGGUCUUUGUUUAGAGAGGAUCCGCCUCUGAGGUUCCUCGGGCUCGCUGGUAUUUAUACCCACGGCACAGCGGGGCUCGGUCCCAGAGGAAAGGAGCUCUCGCCUCUGCGCUUUUCCCCCAGGUCCCCCCUGAGCACCAACCACUCCCAGCCCCACCAUGUGCGAGGAGGAAACCACUGCCCUGGUCUGUGACAACGGCUCCGGCCUCUGCAAGGCCGGCUUCGCCGGCGACGACGCCCCGCGCGCCGUCUUCCCCUCCAUCGUGGGGCGGCCCCGGCACCAGGGUGUCAUGGUGGGCAUGGGGCAGAAGGACAGUUACGUGGGCGACGAGGCGCAGAGCAAGAGGGGCAUCCUCACGCUCAAGUACCCCAUUGAGCACGGCAUCAUCACCAACUGGGAUGACAUGGAGAAGAUCUGGCACCAUUCCUUCUACAACGAGCUGCGCGUGGCCCCCGAGGAGCACCCGACCCUGCUCACCGAGGCCCCCCUCAACCCCAAGGCCAACCGGGAGAAGAUGACACAGAUCAUGUUUGAAACCUUCAAUGUCCCCGCCAUGUACGUCGCCAUCCAGGCCGUCCUCUCCCUCUACGCCUCCGGCCGCACGACCGGCAUCGUCCUGGACUCCGGGGACGGCGUCACCCACAACGUGCCCAUCUACGAGGGCUACGCGCUGCCCCACGCCAUCAUGCGCCUGGACCUGGCCGGGCGGGACCUCACCGACUACCUCAUGAAGAUCCUCACCGAGAGGGGCUACUCCUUCGUCACCACCGCCGAGCGGGAAAUCGUGAGGGACAUCAAGGAGAAGCUCUGCUACGUGGCCCUGGACUUCGAGAAUGAGAUGGCCACGGCCGCCUCCUCCUCCUCGCUGGAGAAGAGCUACGAGCUCCCCGACGGGCAGGUCAUCACCAUCGGCAACGAGCGCUUCCGCUGCCCCGAGACCCUCUUCCAGCCCUCUUUCAUUGGCAUGGAAUCGGCCGGGAUCCACGAGACCACCUACAACUCCAUCAUGAAGUGUGACAUCGACAUCCGCAAGGACCUCUACGCCAACAACGUGCUGUCGGGCGGCACCACCAUGUACCCCGGCAUCGCCGACCGCAUGCAGAAGGAGAUCACGGCACUGGCCCCCAGCACCAUGAAGAUCAAAGUAGGUCCUGGGGGGCAAAUUGUGGCCACCAACACAACGGGAUGA